UAGAGAGUAUCAUAUUGAUUAAAUGAUUAGUGGAGAGUUGAGCUCUCUCUCGCACGAAUAGCUCACUUGAUCGGGUUAUGAGAAAUUCGAAUCCCCACAAGUACCGGUGAAGAUUAAGAACCUGAAAUAACUGGACCUCUAACGCCCAUGGGUGAGUCACCUUGACUUACUCUUUAAUCAUGUUUGGGAGAGUUUGGGCUCCUUGCGUGGGAGAUUCCACCUUUUGAUCUCAAUUCAUUCAUUUCAUUGUGGAUAAGUGGCAGGCAGUCUCCCAAGGCCUGCCGGAGGCCGGAGGGACAUGAGGAGUGUUGGCAAACGAGGAGCCACGGAACAACGCUGUGGCUUGAAAUUCUCGAUUUCUCGUUUUCGGUUUGUCCCUUUCCAACUUUCUCCACUCCUUCCCUGCUCCCGCUACCCCAUCUGCUCCUGAUCUCUCUCACUCUCUCUCAAGGCGUGAGUUUUCUCUAGUAUUUCAGCUUCACCAGAAGAAAUCCAUUGCCACUUCAUAUCUUUGAUAUUACUAAUUAUCAAUUUGAUCCUCUUUCUUGGCCGUCGCUCUUCGAAAACGCCAUCUGUCGUAUCUACUUCAAACAAGAUCUACACGAUGGCCAGACCUAUUGGGAUUAUCUAUUCUUCUUCAAAAACACCUCAGCUUCUUUUAUUAUAUGCUAACACACAAGAUUUUGGGCAUAUCAAACAAAGUUUCUGGCAACCUUAUAGAAAGCCAAAUAUUGCUACACAAGGAACUUCUGUUUUGUGCCACUGUACAGAAACUCGCCAUGCUGAAAGAGAAGAAUGCAUCAGAGAGUAUCUUGAUUGUUCAGACUCAUCCAAUAUGCAAGGUGAGGAUAAGCAUCCAGCCCUGUCAGGGAAAUAUGUUACUGCAAGUCAGGGAUUAGCUGAAGCGUGCAAAUUUGUUUAUAAUGAUGCUAAGUUUGUAAAUGAAAGGGCAAAAAAUGACAUCAUAUUGAUUUCUCGUGGCAUAAUGAGGUUGGAUGCUCGUGCCCGCCAUGAUGUUGCUUUUCUUGGUUCUGAAUUUCUUAAACUUGAUGCCCGGGCUAGAGAAGACACUGAAAAAAUUGACCAUGAUGUCAAGAGAAAAGCUGAAAGGCUGCAUCAUGUUGCCAUUAUUCUCAAGAACACAGCUGAAUCAAGACUGAAAAAUGCUGCAGACCUUCAUUGGAGCAAUGGCGCCUUAGAGGCUGAUUUGCGGCAUGCUGAUUUUGUUGCCAAACAACGUGCAAUGGAAGAUGCUUUUAUGGCAGUGAAGUUCGUCAAAAACAUUCAUGACAUGAUGGUGAACAAAAUGUGCAAUUUGAAUAUAUGUUCUCUUAAUGCCACCAUGAUGACUCAGCACAUAACACUUGAAAAGAAUGGAAAAAGUCUUACAUUUCUUCAUGGAGAAAUGUCUGCUGAGCGUAUUACUGCUGUCCAGGAAGCUUAUUGGGAUAUAGCAUUUGCGCUAUCUGAAGCUGAUGGGAUUGACUACACUGAUCCUGAAGAGCUGGAGUUGUUGGUUUCCACACUAAUAGAUCUUGAUGCAAUGGAUGGUAAAAGUACUGUGUCUCUAUUGGCUGAGUGUUCAAGUUCUUCUAACGUGAAUACAAGGAAAGCAUUAGCUAAUGCACUAUCCGCUGCACCGUCUAUGUGGACUCUAGGCAAUGCAGGAAUGGGGGCUUUGCAGAGGCUGGCAGAAGAUAGCAACCCAGCCAUUGCAGCGGCGGCAUCCAAAACCAUCAAAGAGUUAGAGAGACAGUGGGAAAUAGAGGAGGGAGAUAGCUGGAGGUUCAUAGUUAAGGAUACCUCACAACAUGAUGAUGAUAAUGAUGAUGCAGGCGUCUAAUAAUCAAAUAAAAAUCUAUACAUAUACAUACAUAAGUUAACAAGAGAGAUUCUGCUCAACAACUCAACUGUUCAGAUAUUUAGAUGUUCUUUGGAUUAUAAUAAUACUGAUUAGUUAAUUAUGUAAUAUCAGACUUAUGUUUGGUACAACAAGUAUAUGUCAAGGUUAUCGCUUGGACUAAAGGCUAUAUGCCUGGUGCUGCGUUUGAGGUCACUGAAUUUGAAAUGCUAACUAAAUGAAGUAGUGAUGUCAAC